UUAUUUGCAUAUUAGGUAAACUAUCACUUCCUUGUCAAGAUCCACCCCUUCCAAUCAGCUAUAUAAUGAGCUCAGAAACGGGCACGUUAUUCAGCCCCUGCUCAAAGAUGGAUCUGAAGAUCUCAGUUUUCCUCCUGUUCGUCCUUUUCGCUUCAGGACGCUCCCUCAACUGUUAUCAGUGCGCAGGGCUGUCUGGCACUUGUUCUCAGACCACCUGCUCCACCGGAGUUACCAGCUGUUUCGUUGGAUCACUAGCUAUUGGCAGCAAUCCUGCAAUAACGGUUCAGAAAUGCGGUUUAGCAACUGGCUGUCCAAGUGGAACCAUCAACUUCGGCAUCGGAAAGAUCUCUGGUGCCUGCUGUAACACGGAUCUCUGUAACACCCAAAUCACUCAAGGUACCAAUGUUGCCCCCAAUGGAAAGUCAUGUUACUAUUGUGAUGGACAGAACUGCACAAACACUGUGAACUGUUCGGGGACUGAAGACAACUGCUUUAAAGCAACAGCGGUUUAUUCGGGCCAGAAUCAAACUGUAAAAGGCUGUAUGUCUAAAGCUGUUUGUGAUUUUACCUCAACACUGGAUUCAGUUGUUGCUAACGUCUCGUGCUGCUCAGGGAACCUGUGUAACGGAGUUGAGAGCGUCUCUCAGAGCUUCCUGUUCCUCUUCUGUUCUCUGCUCUCCUCCAUCCUGCUGUAUCAGAUCAAUCUGUAAUCAGACAAUACUAUGUGCUUUAUCAUAUUGCUUGUAUCUCUGUACUAUUUUUAACUUGGUGUAAUGUAGUUAAAAUAUGCAAAAGUUCUGAUUACCAUUCAUCUACUUUAUAUUCACUGGAUAUUAACUUAUGAACUCAUUCCUGUCAGAAACUGAAGAAGGAUGUUUGAUCUAUACACAAAUUCUUUGUUUAAUGUGUAUUCAUGUUAGGUAACUUAAGGCUAUAUAUAAAGGGAUGCUGGUGCUGAAUAUUUUAUUUGAUAUACGUAUUAGUCGUAGCGCACAUCCCAGCUUACCUACUUUGGAAGAAAUAACAUCGCUUCUGACAUGCACUAUGUAUAAUCAAACAUAUCUAAAUGAUUCAGUUUGCAGGGCUAAAUAAUGUAUGAACAGCACAUGUUUUAACACGUGUUUCAGACUUUCUGUGGUUUCUCAGUUACAUUCCACAUGAGCAGUGUAGCCUACCUUAAGCGUUCUUAUGUAUAACUGAAAAUAAAAUCAAGUCUGACCUGUA